AUGAAGAAGUCGCCGGUCGCCGCCAUGAGCAACAUCCGCGACGCCGUGCGGCGCAAGAGCGUGGGCCUGACCUUCAGCAUCUUCAGCCGCGGCCCGAGCUCCACAGGCGACGACGACCGCUCGGAGCAGGAGGGCGACGACUCGAACGACGACUCGGAGAGCAGUCGCUACGACCGGUCGCGACAGAACUCGACGCCGAUUGAAGACGAGACGGACAGCUGCGUGUCCCCAGCCGUGAGCUCGCAGUCGUCGUACGUGGAGCCGCCAGAGCCGCCACUGCCGCCUCCUGGUGGACUGCUGGAAGCUGCGACAAAGAACGUGCAGGGCAAGAUGCAGACGCUGAUGGAGACGCUCCAUGAAGUCACGACGUCGCAUGAUGACGAGACGGUUUCGUGCAGUGUCUUCCUGUCGAGAACGGCGUUGUUUUCCGAUCGACUGGUGGUGUUUGUUGGCGACAGUGACGGAUCUCCUGCUGGGAUUUGGAGUGCACGGUUGUGUGUGCGGUCGGGAUCGGAAGGAGGUGGUAUUUUCAAAGGCAGCUUAGGAUCGAUGCUGCCGUAUGUGAUGAAGGCAAAGGAUGACAAGCUUGGGAUCGUACUGUUUGAUGACGUCUUCAAGGACUCGAUGCGGGAUGGAGAAAUCGAUAUGAGGAGUGCAAUACUGCGGUUUAUGACGGGCUGGCGCAACCACGUGCUGACUUCCCGAGCUACGCAUGUGUUCGUUGUAGCGUACCGGGAUGGUGGCACUCUCUUUGUCGAAGCUUUGCGAUUGCACAUGAAAGAGAUGCAGCGUCACAUUAGUGGUGUCGCCUUUUUGCAGUCUACGCAUCACAUUUUGUCGGAGGAUUCGUAUACGCUGCGCAAAAUGAUUGCUCAAUGGUGUAUUGCGUACCUGUCAUCAUCUGAAGGUGUCCAAGCGUUGAAGCGCAUGAAGUCUAGGGAGACUCCGCUGGGUUGCGUAGUGCUCUCGGCAGGCUCUGUAACAUCGGAUGUGGACUUGCUGCAGCUGGUCGUCUCUUCUGUGUAUGCGAGUUUCAAAGCAAGGUGGUCUGGUUUCCGUGUUAAGAACGUGAACAGCGGCAUGGAAAAGUCGUGUUACGCAUGCAGGGGUGCGUUUAACAUGCGCCGCUGGCGCCGGCAUUGCCGCACGUGUCAGAACCCAUGUUGCGAAAAGUGUUCGUCUGUAGAGAACACACGCCACGAAGGCCAGGUGCGUCUUUGCUUGACAUGCCGAGCGCUGCCAUCGCUGAUCCACUGGUCUCGACCGCGUGCUGUCCGCACGGGUGAGAAGGAGAGCGUAUUCAGUGGAUCAGCUAAGCCUGGGAAAAUGUCGGUGAAUGACUUUGAGCUCGUGACGGUCAUUGGCCGUGGUGCAUGUGGUAAGGUGCUUUUGGUGUUGAAAAAAGAUGGCGCAGACGCGGGUCAUUUGUACGCGAUGAAGGUGCUGAAGAAAGAGUGGGUGAUGAACAAGGAUUUGGUCACGCAGACAAUGGCAGAGCGCCGCAUUUUGCAGGAAGCCGAUCACCCGUACAUCGUUCAGCUGAAGUACGCGUUCCAGAACCAAGACAAGCUGUACAUGGUGAUGGAGUACUACAGCGGCGGUUCACUUCGUCAGGUAUUGCGUCGCCGUGGUCGCUUUAGCAUCAAGCGUGCACGGUUCUAUCUGGCUGAGAUUCUCCUCGCCAUUGCACACUUGCAUUCUUCAAACAUUUUGUACCGCGACUUGAAGCUAGAGAACAUUGUCAUUACCGCAGACGGCAAUGUCGCAUGCACAGACUUCGGUUUGUCGAAGGAAGAGAUGGACGACAAUGAGCGGACGAGCUCUUUUGUGGGCACGUGCGAGUACUUGGCGCCGGAGUUGAUAAUGAAAGAGGGCUAUGGCAAAGCGGUGGAUUGGUGGGCUUUGGGUAUCUUAGCGUACGAGAUGAUCCAGGGCGACUCGCCGUUUCGGCACAGUGUGCCUACCAUUCUGUUUGACAAGAUUUUGAAGGAAGAGCCCGAGUUCAGCGACCGCUUUACUCCGGAAGCUCAGGAUCUGAUUGCGAAGUUGCUCACGAAAGACCCAGAGCACCGUCUUGGCUGCGGUCCUGACGGCGUCGAGGAGAUUAAGCAACAUGCGUUCUUUACUGAGAUUGACUGGGACAAGUUGCUGCGCAUGGAGAUGGAAGUGCCACGUCCUCCGCAUCGUAUGGAGGACGUGACUGACGAAAGUCAUCUGAACCGGGCAAUCGCGAAACUGCGCGAAGCACGUGAAGAGCUCAUGCCAGACUCGCCGGUAUCACUGCCAUCGUCUCCGUCCGAGCAGAAGCAUUUUGAUCGCUUUUCGUACCAGGGACUUGGCGACUGGAAGCCCGAGAUGGCCGACAUGGAGUUCGACGACGAGACGGGUGACUUCAAGCAGGGCACGAUUCAUGAAGAUGAGGAGUUUGAAGAGGAAGAGGACGAGGGGUGCAUUGAAGCAUCUGGUGACGGUGACGAUGUGCCAAUGUCUCCCGGUUCAAAAGCAAAUUCCAUGACAAAUUCCAUGACGUCGUUCAAGACGUCUCCGUCGAAAGCCAACGGCUCGGACACGCCUCCAGCUUCGAGUUCAGCUGCGUCGGCAUCACCGAGGAGUCCACAGAGCGCAGGCACCCCCGGCAGUCCACCUUCUGUACCCAUGAGUCCCAUCGAUUCCGCGCCACUAUCCUCGCUCACCACGCCCACGGAGCCUCAGUCGCAGUCCAUCUAG